GCCUCGCCGGGCGCCCCCGCCGGUCCUGCCGGAAGAUGGUCAACGACCGGUGGAAGACCAGGGGCGGCGCUUCCCAACUUGAGGACCGGCCGCGUGACAAGCCGCAGGUGAGGACCCCGAGGCUCAGCGAGUGGCCCGGCUGCGGCUACGUGCUGUGCACGGUGCUGCUGUCCCUGGCGGUCCUGCUGGCCGUGGCUGUCACCGGCGCCGUGCUCUUCCUGAACCACGCCCACGUGCCAGGCACGGCGCCCCCGCCCGUCGUCAGCACCAGCACCGGGCCGGCGGGUGCCAACAGCGCCCUGGUCACCGUGGAGAGGGCCGACAGCUCGCGCCUCAGCAUUCUCAUUGACCCGCGCUGCCCCGACCUCGCCGACGGCUUCGCCCGCCUGGAGGGCGCCCAGGCCUCCGUGCUGCAGGCGCUGGCCGAGCACCAGGCCCAGCCGAGGCCUGCAGGCGAGCAGGAGCCGUUGGACACCCUGGUGGACCAGCUGCCCCGGCUGCUGGCCCGGGCCUCGGAGCUGCAGGCGGAGUGCGCCGGGCUGCGGAAGGGCCUCGGCGCGCUGGGCCAGGGGCUCAGCGCCCUGCAGAGCGAGCAGGGCCGCCUCAUCCAGCUUCUCUCCGAGAGUCAAGGCCACAUGGCUCACCUGGUGAACUCGGUCAGUGAUGUCCUAGAUGCUCUGCAGAGGGACCGGGGGGUUGGCCGGCCCCGUGUCAAAGCUGACCUCCAGAGGGCACCUGCCAGGGGACUGCGGCCCCGCGGCUGCGCCAACGGCUCUCCACCACGCGACUGUCUGGACGUGCUCCUGAGUGGACAGCAGGAGGAUGGCAUUUACUCGGUCUUCCCCACACACUACCCUGCCGGCUUCCAGGUCUACUGCGACAUGAGCACAGAUGGCGGCGGCUGGACGGUGUUUCAGCGCCGGGAGGACGGCUCCGUGAACUUCUUCCGAGGCUGGGAGGCGUACCGGGACGGCUUCGGCAAGCUCACGGGGGAGCACUGGCUAGGGCUCAGGAGGAUCCACGCCCUGACCACGCAGGCCACCUAUGAGCUCCACGUGGACCUGGAGGACUUUGACAACGGCACAGCCUAUGCCCGCUAUGGGAGCUUCGGCGUGGGCUUGUUCUCCGUGGACCCCGAGGAAGACGGGUACCCGCUCACCGUGGCCGACUACUCGGGCACGGCAGGGGACUCCCUCCUGAAGCACAGCGGGAUGAGGUUCACCACCAAGGACCGCGACAGCGACCACUCGGAGAACAACUGCGCCGCCUUCUACCGCGGCGCCUGGUGGUACCGCAACUGCCACACGUCCAACCUCAACGGGCAGUACCUGCACGGAGCGCACGCGUCCUACGCCGACGGCAUCGAAUGGUCCUCCUGGACCGGCUGGCAGUACUCGCUCAAGUUCUCAGAGAUGAAGAUCCGGCCGGUCCGUGAGGACCGCUAGAUGGGCGCGCUGUCCGCCCACCCCCCACCCCAUCACCUCCCCCAUCCCCGGCCCGACCCCACCCUGCAUCUCCUCUGACCUGCUCUCGCGUUGGGGUGGGCUGCACAUCACCUUCGUGCUGUCCCCACGCCCCAGUUUACCUCUGCUGAUGUGGGGCAGGGCACACUGGACAACCCCAAAUUCUACCUGCCCAGACUUUGGCUCCUGGGCUAAGUGUCUUGACUUCCCUUGGCCGGCACCCCGGCGGACCCUCUACUUUGCCAGUCCAAACACCUGGUGCUUGGGGGGCACAGAGUAGGGGCAGGCGGCACUCCUGCAGCCCUUUUAGCAGACAGAGGGACUGUUUGGAUCUUUCUGAGUCGGGUCUGAGGCCAGCCUCCUCUCCCUCCUGGCCCCCCUCCUUCACUUCCAUGGUGCCUGGGGAUCCUACCUCUCCCCUAAGGACCGUGGGGGGGGGUGGUGCAGAGGGCUGCCUGCGGCCGGGGCUGGACAGCCAUAUCCCCCAUUCCCACAGGCCAGGCUGGGGCGCAGCUGUCUGUGGGGACUCCCAGCCCAGGGUGGCCAGGGCCAGUUCCCUGGAGCUCCCCCCGACCCCCAUCCACCCCGUGUUCCUGCAGGCCUGGGAGGUCAUCAGUCCCUUUGGCUGCUGUGCCCAGCAUCCUGCCUUCCUGGGGCAGCUGGAGCCCCACCGUACCCUGUCCUCUUUAUGUGGGAGGCUGGGGCAGGUCCUGCUCCCUCCGGGCCUGGUCAGUGAGGACCCCUGUAUUUUCUGGGCUGCCGUGGGGCUUGAACCACCAUCCCCACAUUCCUCAAUUCCCAGGGACUCCAGGGCCUUAGGGCCUCCUGGCAUCAGGCCUGCAGGGUGGAGGCUGGACCGGGAGGGGUCCUGGGGCUAUUUCCCUGGUCAGCUCAGACUGCUGUCUCAGUGGGGAGGCCGCCCCCUGCUGGUGAAUGUGGGUGCUGCCACCUCGGGUCAGGGGGAAAGGAGGGGCUCACUGGGCAAAUGGGGGGACUGAGGCACCACCAGACACUGGAAACAAUCUGUCAUCGAAUCCUCCCAGUGCCCGACGUCUUAUCAUUCUACCCCCCAACAAGAACUGCAGGUUCCCGAGGUCAGCAGCCAAGAAAAGCGGCCCUAACCCCUCUGGUGGAUAGUGCUGGGACCCUGAUGCCCUUGCCGUCAGAACCAAGCACGGGGCUGUUUCCCUAAGUUCCUACCUGUGGGGAUGUGAUGGGGGGCCUUUGAGAGGUUCUGGGAGGCUGGCUUCCCAGGGGUGGGCCGCACCAGUGGCCCCCCUCAGGCAGGAGGGAGGGAGGGGGUGUUGCCUUGUAGGACGCCGCAAGGCAGAUGAACACAGGCAAAUAGGGGAGCAUGGGCUUCAGCUCUCCCUUCCCCUCCCACCAGACUUUGUGCUGCAGUAAUGGUGAGUCAGGGCCGGCUGGGGGCAGCAGGAGGGCUCCGAGUGUGGCCGACUCUCUGUGCAAGCCGGCCCGUCCCCUGUAGCUCCACCUGGUCAUGGCAUUCAGCCGAGUUUCGCUGGACAUCUGCUGUGGGCCAAGGCCUGCCCGGGUGCCGGACAGCACCGAGUCCCUGCCCUGUUGGCACCGGACCUAAAGCAGACACGGCCAAGAGACAGGCAGCGCAGCCCAGUGUGACCCAUGCUGGGGGGCAGCCCAGCUGCAGGGGGGGGUCGCGGCGGUGUGGGGGAGCUGUGGGGGGGCUCCUUAUGACUUGAAGGGAAGCCCCCCCGCCGCGCGCCCCCUUCUCCAUCUUCUAGAAGAGGAACCAGUCCACCCGAGCUGCUGGGGCUCCCAGCCCCAGCACAGAGGCCGGGUGGGACCCCAAGUCCUCAUCCCAGGGAGCCCCCUUCUCCCCCACCAGCCCCAGGCUAGAGCCGGCUUCUGCUGCCAGCCUCGCGGUGCCAGCCGCUAUUUGGAAAGUGUCAGGCGUUUUCUGAUCUGUCAUCAAACAAACUCCUGGUGAGUGUGAUGUAAAUGGAUUCACAGAUGUGCGUGUGCGCCAGGAAGCUCAGGGGCGCUCCUGCCAGGGCUUGGCUGCAGAACAGAUGUGCCACGGCCCGGAGGGGCGGGGGACAGAUGGCCGAGGGCAGCUUUCGGGAGCGUCCAGCUGACCUGGAGACACCCCUUCCUUCCUAGCCGAGAGCACCAGCCCCACGCCCGGCCCAGGACUGGCACCACCAUGGGACAUGGGCCGGAUCCAUUGCUGGCUGAAGGGGCACAGAGCUGUCUGGUGGGGACAGCCAAGGCCAGUGCACCCCACUUCCUAAAGGGCACAGAUAGCCCCGCACACCUGCUCUGAGCCGGGGGUCUAUGGUGAGCAAGGCAGGCUCUGGCCCUGGCCUCCAGGAGCCUCCGCUGUGAUGUCCAUACGAAUGGCCGUCACAUGAGCGGCAGCGACCACAGGAAGAAGAGGGUGCUAGGAGAACAGGAGGCAGCUGCACCAAGAUCUGAUGGAUGACGGAUGUGUGCAAACUGUUACCCAGGACCCAGGCUCACCGCACCCAAACUCUGUCUCAAGGGGCCCGAGUUGAUGGUUUGGCGGUGGGGGCCUGUGGUCCCACUGAUCACGUGUGAACUGACCGACCCCCCCCCCAUCCCUUUCCUUCUUCCUUUGAUGACGAGAGCGAGCCAAGCACGCGGGGACAUCGGGGCAGUGCAUGGGGCCCCACAAGCUUCUGAAGGUUCCUUUCCACCAGCACAGGUAGGUUCUGUGGAACCAGCCAGUGGCCUCACUCGUUCUGUGGCCCCCAAACAGGACACAUCUCUGAGUUAAACCAAGGGCCACCCUGGGCCGCCUGAGUGCGCUGCGUCCAGAGGAUGGAUGGUUCCUGGGCUUCCACCCUGAUGGCCCCAGCACGGGCCUCCGGGAGAUAAGGACAGCGCUGUGAGCAGUUCCCAAAUUGCAUUUUCCCCCUGCAGCCGCAUGUAAAUUGGUUUGAUAAAUGUUUGUCUUGGGGCAGAAGCAGUAUCGCAGGCCCGCCUCUUCCUUGUCCCCCUGCUCCCACCGUCGGCCAUCCUCCUUCACACAGACCUCUGACCAGCCUGGCUGGGGCCAGGGCCCUGUCACCCAGGAUUCGGUGGAUUAGUCAACAGGAAUUGCCAGGCUUCCGCGACAGCAGAAGAGGAGGCGGGGAGGGAUGCUGCGUCUGCAGAUGGUGGCCGGGCAGGGGGGACCGGGGGCCUGAGCUAGGCCUGUGGUCAGCCGCACAUCCCUGUCCUGUGCAGCUGGGGGAGCAACAUGCCCGCAGAUGAGCUCAACCUCGAACAAAGGACACGAGGCUUUGGUCCCAGUGGCCAGGCCUCCCCAGGGCCUCAGUGUCUUCACCUGCUUGCAGGGAGAGAGCUGUCCCCAAACCCCGAGUGGGCCAAGCGGCUGGUGGGACUCCGCAAGCCCAGAUGGCGGAGGUUGGCCGUGGUGGGACUGCGUGGAGACGGAGUGGGUGGGGGGCAGCUUCGGGCUGUGCCAAUAGGCGAGCCUGACCGUCCACACGAGGCUGGCUGGGGGUGCGCGGAGUUGCUGGAGGGCCAGCACGGUUCGGGACAGAAGCUGGUCUGGGCUGAGUACACUUGGCGUCAGGUGUGGUCCUGUCUCUAAUAAAAUCCUGUGGUGACCCAGCUGGGGCCUCCGCCUCUAACCUCGCUUGGUGCCCCACAUCAGACCACGGGGCGUUCCAAGACUGUCUCCUGCACAAUUUCCCCAGACUUCCUCGCCAUUCCGGUCUUUAUUUCUAUUGAAGAAACAGUGUUUCCCGGAUAACUCAGUGCCCCCCAGAGGCUGCACCAGAUCCUUUAGCAGAAGCAGGUGCACACCCGGCCAGCAGCUGGGCCGCCGCGGCCGGCGGAGGUGAGGAGGUGAGGCCUGGCCCCGCCACGAGCUGCACCCAGUGGGGGAGAUCCUCCUGGGACUGGGCUUCGGGGGAUGAACCUGUGCCAACCCCCGCCCCCCCCGCCCCAGGGCUCCAGGGCGACCAGCUGGCCCUGUGGAUUUCUCCUGGGGCUGGAGUCCUGAGUAGCUGAGACUUUAUUAAAAACAAGUCCCUGAUGGCUAGUUAUUCAUAAAGCCAGCGUGAAGCUUGACGACAAAACAACCCCCUGGGCGCCUGGGUGGCUCAGUUGGUUAAGCGACUGCCUU